AUGUACGACUCAUACCGCCCCCACCUCCUCCUGGCCCAGGUGCCUCUAACCGUUUCGCCAUUCAUCAACCUCCCCGCCUCCGUCACCCUACCCUAUACCUACAAAUCAGUCCCUUCAACUCUCCCACAAUCAGUCCUGGUAGAUCCAAGCAACCCAGAUGCCAAACCCCGAUACGUCUUCUCCUCCAGCGGCGAACAUGCAGCCCACCCAGACGAGAUCCUGGCUGCCACUCAGUCUCUCGAACAACACUUGAAGAAGACCCGAUCUGAGGCAGAAGGUGCUAUUAAAGCUUGGGAGGAAUCUAUUCGACAGCGUGAGCUCGCUGAAAAGCGCCGUGUCGCACCUGGGUGGCUGGACAGCGACGAGAAAUUACUUCAGCCGAGCAACGCUGGAGGAUCCUCUGCAUUUAAGGCUGAUGAGGGUGGAAGCCUAUUGGACAGCACUUCUGCUGAUCAGGGCUCAUCGAAUCUGCCAGCGAUGGUUCCUCGAGAUGAAGGUGAGGAGUUGGACCGGGCAUUUGGUGGACUGGGUGUGAAAUGA